AUGGCGCUGCGGGUGGACGGGGACGUUUUAGCUUCUGCAAAAGCUGGACCACUGCCUCUGGCCUCUCUGCGGCUGCUGGUGUCCCCUCUCCAGCUGCUGAGUGCGUCCGUGUGGCUCGUGGUGAAGACCCGCCAAGUGAAGACCUUCUGGAGUCUCUCGGACUUGGUGCUGUUGGUGAAGGAGAGCGUCCCAGAGCUGCUGCUGCCCUCCCACUGGACACGCCUCACACUGGGGCUCCGAGCGCAGUUCAUUCUAGAAAUGUGCAAAACAGAGGACGACCGAGCGCUGGUUCAGUCUCACCUGGAAAAGCUGAAGACGGCGCCCUCACCUGGACCCACAGAGGAAAUGUGCGAGGAGGAGAAAGCUGCUGGCGACUUUUCAGACUUGGUUUGUCUUUUGCUUAAGGACGAGCAAGAACGACAAAGCUUCUUUCAAGAGGCGAGGAGCGAGGAGUUCCACAGCGACCUGCUCGUGCUGCUCUGGGAGUUUCUCUGUCGAUUAAGUCAACUUCUUCCUGCACCAGAACUGGACCAGACUGUUUCUUGGCUUGGAGGGAGUUCUGUCUGUGACGUCUUCCUCCAGUGUCUGUCUGAACCUACAGACGUGAAGAAUCUGCUCCUUCAUCACAAACAUCUCGGGCAUUUGGAGCAACACGUUCCUCCUUCUACUAUGGGCGACCACGUCUUGUCGUACCUAUCUCAAAAAAGAGCGAGACAAUACGAAGACCGUCGGUACGAAGACCAAACCCCGAUUUUGUUUGUAGAAGACGUGGCCAUUGACGAUGUCACCGUGGGCGAAUGUGCCGAGAUCGAGCUACCUGCUCACGCUCGCGACGAAGAGGUGAUAGACACAGAAGAACACACAAACGCAACAAAAGGCGGAUCCAUCGAGGAGAAACCAGCAUCGGACUCAUUCGAAGACCCGCCGGCAUCGCAGUCAAAACCACACGCUUGCUCAGACUGCCACAAAACUUUCAAAUUUGCGUCGUUUCUGGCCGCACACCGAGUGAUCCACACCGGAGAGCAGCCUCACAGAUGCUCCCAGUGCGGACGAUGUUUUUCCUUCCGGCAAUCUUUGGAACGACACCGGCAGACGCACGACACCGGCAAGAGCUACGAAUGCGGCGUCUGUCCCACGGCGUUUAGCUCGUUAGCGGACAGAAACGCGCACCGUAAGCUAGCUCACGCGCAAGACGGGGUUUUGGGUUGUGGGCGAUGCGGGAAAAGGUUUAAGCAUAGACUGGCGUUGGGAAGACACAUGGACAAGCACAAAGAGAGAGGUGAGGAAGAGGAAGUCCAGAGCGGCGAGGGAGGCAAGACGACCCAACCGACGGAAGAGCGAAGCCAAGAGGUCGAAUCGUGCGAAGUUGCGGCUAACGACGGGAGACUCACGGACGAGGUCGGAGUGCGAACGAGCGGGCGAAGACGCAAGCCCACGAUGAAGAGUGCGAGUUUACAGAUGAAGAGUCGGAGGCAGAAGGAGCGAGAGGGAGAGGGGGAGAUGAAAAGUUCUGAGCAUUCUUAUGGAGCAUCCACAGCCCCAAUCAAAAGUGGAGAAGAAACUGCUGUGGCUUCGGCUUCUGCGCCCCGCCGCUCACAAGAAGAGGAAGUCCAACAACAUGUUGAUGCCUCUCACUCCGACCGACCAGAAGUGUCGCGAAGUGAAGACGGACGACAUGAAUGCACUCACUGCCCCAGGACAUUUAAGACUCCCUCUCUCCUCAAGGCACAUCUGCGAACCCACACGGGCGAACAACCGUACCUCUGCUCCCAGUGCGACCGCAGGUUUACCUCCAAACAGGCUCUGGACAGACACAAGCUGCUACACGACACCUCUGAGCUCAAAUGCACCAUCUGCGGCCAGAGUUUUGCGUCUUCGCUGGAUUACAAGCGUCACAGCAAGACGCACAAGCAAACAGGCGCUUAUCGCUGCCAGAAAUGCGGCAAGAAUUUCGCCUGGAAGUCUGCGUUCGUCCGCCACUCCAGGUCCUUCUGCUCCAAAGACGACGGCAGGCUCCAAUGCGCGCACUGCGAGCUGAGUUUUGCCGACACCCGCGGUCUGAGAGCCCACCUCCAGGAGCAGCACGAGUCCCGGCUCCACACGUGCGUCUGCGGGAAAAGCUUCGCGCACAAGUCGGCUUUGACCUCCCACCGGCGCAUCCACGAGAAAGACAGGCCGCACGUGUGUAGCCAGUGCGGGAAGGGGUUCCUCUACAGGGGCGGCUUGAGCGCGCACGCCAAAACCCACUCCGAGGAAAUGCCGUUCGCGUGCCGGUUCUGCGGGAAAGCUUUUAAACGCGAACGCAACAUGAAGCAGCACGAGCGGGGGCACACGCGAGAGGACGUGUUCCAGUGCGCGCAGUGCGACAAGAGCUUCGUGUACAAGGCCACGCUCGAGAGGCACGCGCUCACACAUUCGGGCGAGCGUCCCUUCCUGUGCGCGGACUGCGGGAGGGGCUUUCUCUCGCACGCGGAGCUGCUGAAGCACGAGCGCUUCCACACGGGCCACACGCCGUUCGAGUGUCGGCACUGCGGCAAGAGGUUCACCCAGUCGUGCUACCUAACCGUCCACCUGAGGUACCACACGGGCGCCAAGCCGUACGCCUGCGCCGACUGCGACAAGAGCUUCCUGAGCGCCAACCGGCUGAAGAGGCACCGGCGGACGCACACCGGGGAGCGACCGUACGUCUGCGGCGAGUGCGGGAAAGGAUUCAGACAGUCGUACCACCUCACGGUGCACCAGAGGACGCACGCCAUCCUGGAUUAA